AUGCCUAUCGCCAAGGUCCACGCCCGCUCUGUCUACGACUCACGCGGCAAUCCCACUGUCGAGGUCGACGUUGUCACCGAGACCGGUCUCCACCGUGCUAUCGUGCCCUCCGGAGCCUCCACCGGCCAGCACGAAGCCUGCGAGCUCCGCGAUGGUGACAAGUCAAAAUGGGGCGGCAAGGGUGUCCUGAAGGCUGUCGAGAACGUCAAUAGCACCAUUGGCCCCAAGCUUAUCGAGAAGAAGCUUGAUGUUACAGACCAGACCUCCGUUGACAAGUUCCUGAACGAGCUCGACGGUACCGAGAACAAGACCAGCCUAGGCGCAAACGCCAUCCUCGGUGUGUCUCUGGCAGUCGCCAAAGCCGGUGCUGCUCAGAAGGGCAAGCCUCUGUACGCUCACGUUGCAGACCUUGCUGGCACUAAGCAGCCCUAUGUUCUACCCGUGCCCUUCAUGAACGUCCUCAACGGUGGCUCUCACGCUGGUGGUCGACUGGCCUUCCAGGAAUUCAUGAUUGUUCCUGACCAGGCCCCUACCUUCUCCGAGGCCCUCCGCUGGGGCGCUGAGGUGUACCAGAAGCUCAAAGCAUUGGCCAAGAAGCAGUACGGCCAGUCUGCGGGUAAUGUCGGAGACGAGGGUGGAGUUGCCCCGGAUAUCCAGACUGCCGAGGAAGCCCUGGACCUGAUCACGAGUGCCAUCAAGGAAGCUGGUUAUGAGGGCAGGAUGAACAUUGCCAUGGAUGUUGCUUCCAGCGAAUUCUACAAGGAGGAUGCGAAGAAGUACGACCUUGACUUCAAGAACCCUGAGAGCGAUCAGUCCAAGUGGAUCACUUAUGAACAACUUGCGGACAUGUACAAGUCGCUUGCCCAGAAGUAUCCGAUUGUCAGCAUCGAGGAUCCCUUCGCUGAGGACGACUGGGAGGCGUGGAGCUACUUCUUCAAGACUUCCGACUUCCAGAUUGUUGGUGACGAUCUGACCGUGACCAACCCUAUCCGCAUCAAGCGUGCCAUUGACGCUAAGGCUUGCAAUGCUCUCCUGCUCAAGGUCAACCAGAUUGGCACCCUUACUGAGUCCAUCCAGGCAGCCAAGGACUCCUACGCGGCUGGUUGGGGUGUGAUGGUGUCUCACCGCUCCGGCGAGACCGAGGACGUCACCAUUGCCGACAUCGUGGUUGGUCUGCGUGCCGGCGAGAUCAAGACGGGUGCCCCGGCCCGCUCUGAGCGUCUAGCCAAGCUCAACCAGAUCCUUCGGAUUGAGGAGGAGCUGGGUGCCAACGCUAUUUACGCUGGCUCCAACUUCCGCAAGUCUGUCAACCUGUAA